CAAUGACUAUAUUCCAAAAUGUUAUAGAAACUUGGCGUUGACAAUCUCCUCGUUGUUUUCGUCAUAUAUAUUUUUUGGGAAGUUGGUGAAAACAUUUUGCAUAGGGUUUGAUUUUUUUGCUAGGAUCUUCAUAAAAUAUCGGCAGCCUCCCUGCAAAGGAACCCUAACUUGAAACGUCAAUCAAACAUGUCAUUCGAUUUUCUUAAAAUGGCGGAGAUCAGUGUUUAUGAUGUUAUGUAAACGAAGUUUUCUGGUGUUUGUUCGCAAAAUUGUGAGUUUUGUUCGUCGAAGGUAGAGGCGAUCGCAGCUUCGGAAAUGUCCAAACGAUUAGUCGAGCCUGCAGCGUCUAAAAUGAGCCGAAACGAUCGUUUCGCUCAGAUGUCUAAUCAAGAACGACUUAUCGAGGAGAAGAAACGGGAGAUCCAGGCGAAACUGGAAGCCCGUCGGAAGCAAACCAGCGAAAGUAACAAUAAUGCAAACGAAACCAAAACUGAGGUGGAUAAACCGGGCAUCGUCAACAUAUUUUCUAACGACGGUUCGUUUUUAGAUCAGUUUAAACAGAUGAAGGAGAAAAAGGUGGAGUCUCGCCUGAAAUCAUUUAAUAAAUUUAAGGAGCGCGAGGAUAAGAAUUUCAUGGACAAAAGUAAAUGGGCUCCGAGAAAGAGAUCGCCGUCGCCGUUGGAUCGAUCGAAAAAAUCGUCACGAUUUUCCACCGAACAAAAAAUCACAAUAAACACUAGCAAGUUUUCGUCACAGCACUAUGAACCGCCGCCUCCGCCGGCACCACUGCUUCGCACGGCCGACAAACCUCCAGCGGUAGUGGCCGACGUCCGACUGAAAGAAGACCCGUCGCUCACUGAACCGCCAAAACAUCCACCUUAUUGUGUCAUGCCUUGUUCCUUCGGACCACAACCAUUGAACGUGUUGGAGCAACAGCAGCAGCAGCAGCAGAAUGACAAUCAGAUGGUCAAUGUGGUGUUGGUGACGCAGGAACAGAAAAUCUUUGUCAGCACCACUCCAACCAACGUAAUGCCCGCCGUGAACCCCACCACCUCUUUGACGAUGGUGUCGUUGCCACCGCCCAUGCUGCCUCCGCAGGGUGUCAGUUUUGUAACCCAGAGUCAUCCAAUGUCGGUGAGGCCGCCGGGCAUGCCCCCUCUCGAACUUGCCUCCAUCCCACCUCCAAAUCCUAUUCAGGUGGUCAACUACCAGGUGGCGCAGCCGCCGGACGGAUUAAACGCGAUGAGCGUGCCGCCCCCUACCUCCAUCCAGGUGCACGGGAUACCGUCCGCGUCCUUGAAUGAAAUGCCCAAACCAAAACCCAUGGAGAUGCUCUCGGUAGGAGGCGGUGACGAGAACCCCAUUACCGAUCAUGAUUUCAUAAAAAACGUGCCGCCUCCGAAUAAGUCGGUCCCACCCCCAAACGCCCACCUCCAAACGUCGUUCAUGGCGCAGGCGCCGCAAAGUGUUUUGAUUCACACGGUCAGCUCCGCCGCUGGCCUCGUGUCCUUGCAAGCGCCGAUGCUCUCCAACGGGAUCCCGGUGCUGCAAGUGCCGCCCCCGGCACCACCGCUGCAAAUUCAAAACACGUCAAACGGGUCGGGUUUCGCACUGGGUGCUCCGAUACCGCCCCUUAUGGGGCAGACCAUAUUGCCACCGCCAGGGCUAGGGGUGGACGUGUGUCGGCCGCCUCCGGCCAUUUUAGCCGGCAGCGACGUUAGCCAGCCACCACCGAACUUUAUCAACCAGCCGCCGCCGCCAAUCACUAGCCAAUUGCCCCCGAUGACAGUGCCGCCGCCGUCGAUACCGCCCCCUUUCAGGGACGUGAGCGCAGUUUUCCCCCCAGGUACUGCGGAUUUCGAGGCGAUGGCGUCACUCGCCCGCAUGGUCGCCGACUGCGGUCCCAGCGUCGAGGACGUCGUUAAACAGAAAAAAACGCAAGACCCGAACCUGUGGUUCCUAUUUUAUAAAGAGUCGGCCGCAUACCGUCAGUACGCCGGCCUAGUGGAGCAAUACAAGCGCGAAAGCGGCGGAGACGACGGCGCCGAUGACGUCAAACCUCCUCCGCCGGACCCGGAGGACAUGUACGAGCCGGAAAUGGCGCUCGAAGACGAGGAACCACCCAUCAAGGUCGAGGUCAAACAAGAGCUGCAGGAACACGAGGGUUCCACGAAGUCGGAUCUUGGAGCCAAACGAAAACGCAAAAGCCGAUGGGGCGACAAAGAUCCGAACGUUAGAGCCCCGGCCAUCGUGCCCGCCCCCGUAUCAACCCAAGCCGGCGUCGCGACGCCCACGCCGAUCCUGAGCAAAGUGACGCGGAACGAUCCCGCGCUGUUGCACUACGCGAGAACGACGUACGGGUCGACGAACCUCAGCGAGGAGGAUUGGAAAAAGGCGGAGGACAAUUUCAAAAUCCACCUGCUGUACCAGGACAUGUUGAAGAAGCGCGAGGACGUGGAACGUCUCAAACAGCAGGGAAAGAACAAAUACGAGUACGAUUCGGACGAGGACACGCAGGGCGGCACGUGGGAACACAAGCUACGCGAGAAGGAGAUGACGGCGACGGAAAGGUGGGCGACGGAGCUCACCAAGCAGGCGGAGGGCAAACAUCACAUCGGCGAUUUCCUGCCGCCGGAAGAACUGAAACGGUUCAUGGAAAAGUCGAGCGCCGUGAAAGAGGGCCGGCAGCCCAACUUUUCCGACUACAAGGAGUUUAAAAUUAAAGAGGACAAUAUCGGGUUCAAGAUGUUGCAGAAGUUGGGAUGGUCGGAGGGACAAGGAUUGGGGUCGAAUAACGCGGGGAUAGUCGAACCCGUGAACAAGGGCGCGCCCAGGGAACACACCCAGGGUUUGGGAUUGAACGUGAGCGACGCCACCGAGGGCGAGGACGAAUACGAGUCGUAUAGGAAGCGAAUGAUGCUCGCUUAUCGGUUCCGGCCAAAUCCAUUGAACAAUCCCAGGCGGCCAUACUAUUGAACGGAGACGUCGUCGCGCGGAAUUGAAAUGUUUAUUGGACUUGUAUAUAGAUAGUAAUAAAUAGAUAGUAAGGUUAAGCUAUCAA